AUGGAAUGCCCGGUCGAGAUCCGUACAGUGAGCCUCGGGAUCUACUCCUCGUUUUCCACUGCGCAAGCCGUCGCUAUGAGCGCCCUUGAACUGAAUCUGAAGAGACUCCAGUCCGCAGGUUUCAUGGGUAAAUACUGCAACGACAUAGACCUUUGUAGGCGAGGUCUCAUUACACAUAUCACGAAAAAUAGGCAAGAAAGACCGCUCAGCGAAUACCAGAUUGAAGCAUUGCCACUACAGGACCGUGCAGUACGUGUAGACUCAUCUCUGGGAGUAUUUGGAGAGCAGAAUGGAAGUCCGAACCCGAUGGUUUCACUUCCUCCAAAGCAAAUGCCACCCACUAUCUUCAAGAUCGAGCAAGACCCACUGUGGGCGCAAUCACGCAUCCCAUACUUUCGCAAGCGCGACGAUGGCCCCUUUCGAAGUGUCAAUGAGCCGGCUUACGCCACAUAUUUCGUUAUGAACAUGCCGGAAGCGCGCAAAUUUGCUGUUAAUGUAGUGACUACCAACAAAGAUGACAAAAAGAGGGCCGUCACAGGGAUCUUGAAACAAAGAAUGACGCCAGAUCCCAACCUCGAGGUUCAGACCAGACCGGAUCUCUUGGAAACUAAGGUUGAGAAGCUGACCAGUACGGGCUCAACGCGGCCGCAACAAGGAGGCGGCAAAGACAUUGAGCCGAUCUAUCAGGGGCGCCGGCACUCAAUAUCGCUGAAUUAG